UCGGAUGUCAUGUAACCGAUUCUGAAAAUAGCGUUGGAAUUACUCGUACCGUGCAGUGUACUGGUGGCACUUGGCAGUGUUUCGCGCGACUCUGCCCAGAGAAGAGCGUGCGCCAUGCGACCCACGUUCACAGUGUACGCGGUGAUCGCGUUUCUAAGUUAUGUUCACGGCGCGAGGAUCCUCGGCCUCUUCCCUCACACCGGCAAAAGCCACCACAUGGUUUUCGAGCCCCUGCUCAAAAAACUAGCGGAACGCGGCCAUCAAAUGACCGUCGCUUCUUUCUUCCCCCUUAAAAAUCCACCAGCGAACUAUACGGAAAUCAGCUUCGAAGGCAUCGCGGGUAUAGGCGUAGAAACCAUAGAUUUGUCAUGGUUCGAAAACCUAAACUUAAUUUAUAAAAUACCAAUCGCUGGCGAGAUUUAUAAACAAAUAAGUGAUUUCACACCUCUAUCCGGAAUGGCGUUAAAUGUUUGCGGGAAAGCGAUCGAUUGGCCCCCGCUCGUCGACGCUCUGAAGAAAGAAUACGAUAUUGUUAUAGUAGAAAAUUUCAAUAGUGAUUGCAUGCUUGGAUUGUUACAUGUGUAUGGAAUUAAAGUGCCGGUUAUUUCGCUAUCGUCGUCCAAUGUACUGCCAUGGGCUACCGAGCGUAUCGGUGUUGUCGACAAUCCAUCUUACCUACCAGUGGUUAGUGCCGCAUGGACGGCCCCUUUAACAUAUAUGGAAAGAAUAAAGAAUACUUUCCUGAAUGUAUACUUCAAAUUAUGGUACUUCUAUGACAUUCAAGAGAAAGAGAGGGCAGUUAUCGAAAAGUUUUAUGGCCGAAAAGUGCCCUUGUACGAACUGUCGAAAAAUAUAACAUUGAUGAUGAUAAAUACAUUUUAUCCCAUAAAUGGUGUUAGGCCCUUGUUGCCAGGGUUUGUGGAAGUAGGUGGUAUGCAUUUGGACAAUGGGAGAAAACCCAUUCCGGAGUACAUUGAGCGCUUCUUGAACGAAUCGGAACACGGUGUCGUACUGUUCAGUUUCGGCUCGUUGAUAAAAACAUCCACCAUCCCGAAACACAAGGAAGAAAUAAUCGUGAAGGCGCUGUCGAAAUUAAAACAGCGAGUUAUUUGGAAAUAUGAAGACAGUGAAGAGGAGGGAACCCUCAGUGGCAAUAUUUUGAAAGUAAGAUGGCUGCCUCAGUAUGAACUGUUACGCCACAAAAAGGUAGUAGCGUUCAUAGCGCACGGCGGCCUUCUGGGCAUGACGGAAGCUGUGUCCGCUGGCAAGCCCAUGGUGGUGGUGCCGUUCUUCGGAGACCAGCCAUCCAAUGCCGCUUCAGCGGAGUUUGCUGGCUUCGCGAAGGUGCUGCAAUAUAGCGAACUGACGGAAGAGUCGUUGAGUGCAGCGCUGGAAAGCGUACUAAGUGCUGAAAUGCGCCUCCAAGCUCGCACCGUUUCAAAGAUCUGGAAUGACAGACAGAACCCACCCUUAGACACCGCAGUGUACUGGGUAGAAAGGGUGCUCCGAUGGGGCCCAGCUGCCAAACUCCACUCUCCGGCGAGAGACCUAGCUUUCUAUGAAUACGCUCUACUUGACGUCGCAGCAGCUUUUAUUGCAAUUAUUCUAGUAACCCUAGCCUUGUUGUGGUACACGCUGUCAAAACUAUCAAGAAUGUUCUUGAAAGAGAGCAAACAGAAAUUACAUUAGUUAAUUGACCGGCUAUGAAUUGUUAAUUAAUUGUUUAAGUGGGUGUAAAAAUGGGAUUACAUAUUUAUGUAUUUUAUAGCUUAUUUGAAAUAGGUUGAAUACAAAUUAGCUUCCACUUGUUAAAAAAAUAAUGACAAUAAUUAUUGUUAAUAUGAUUCUAAUUUCUAAGGUAUGAAUUAGUGUGUAUUUUGUAAUUACCUACUUUCGUAAAUAUUUGGCUUGGUAUAUUUUUAGUGAGUAAAUUAUUGACAUCUUCAACAUCUUGACUUGUAAAAAUUAUAGUUAGUAUAUAAGAACUAUUUAAUUCAAUAAAGUUCCUCGAUGCUUUAUGUUUGUAGUAACUAGGUUUAGCUUGUAGACUAUAAUUAUCGCCUAUACGUUUACUCAUGGCAAUGUUUGAAGAAAACAUUGUUGUUUUUUUUUUUGGUAGGAGUUAACUUUUUGUAAAACGUUAAUUGAACGCUCUAUUGCUUUUAAUCAACUUGUCAUGUAUAAAUAUGACUGUCAAUGUGAAUAUUAUGUUAAAACAAUGUUAAUAACUUGUAACUUCACAAUAGUUUGAAAAUAUCAAGGGGAGAUAUAAAUAUGCUAAUGUCAAUUAAAUUCUUAAUUACCUAUAAUUGUU